GGGAUCGAUGGGAGCAACGGGCGGACGGACCGAGUACUCUGCGCGGGCACGGUGGAACGCACUGGUGGACGGAGAUGACAUGGAUCGGUUCAUGGUGGUGACGGAGAAUGAUGCGCCGAUGAGUUUGGAGGCAGAGACACGACCGCUCGUCACUCGCUCGCAGCUGGCAGCUCAUUCAAAAGCUGUCCAGGCAGAGUCGGAUGCAAAGGCAAGGUCGGCGAACAAGUCUGCUGCGGGGGCUGGAGGUGGUGUGGCGGUCGAUGGUCGUACGCCGGCGUCAAGCUCAAGAGCAGAAGCGGGAAAGAGUGCAGAGGUGACAGCUGUCUCGCCGUUGGUGGCAGCUGUGGUUGAAGCAAAGGCGGGGCAGGUCGAUGGCCACGACGCCGAUGUGGCAGGCAAGCAUCUGGUGGACGAGGUGCCGGAGGAGAUGCGGAUUCUGUUCACGCCGCCCGGACAGGGCGGGGCAGAGCCGUUUAUUGUCGCCAGGUUGGCGUGGUAUGCGCAGGCCAGGAUGCUCGAGGUGACGCCAGGCUUUGGCGUGGCGCGCGAGGUGCUUGUGGGCAACGAGCGGUACGUGGUCGAGGUGACCAACGCUUCGGCCAGCGCGAUGGGCGCGGACGAAGUGAUCGAGCAGUACAAGGCGGCACAGGCCGAGGCGGCGGAUGAUGAGACGCGGCACAACGCGGCGGUGGGCCGGUUCUUCGAGCCGUCGCCACCGGCGUCGCACGUGUUGUACGUGGUGACGGGCGAGAUUGUGUCGGGCGCCGAGUUUACCGGCGAGGCGCUGUACGUGCAGUACGCGUUCGAGGUCGACGACUCGUGCUGGAGCGCCCGCCCGCUGCAGGCCGGGUCGGGCCGGGGCGGCAAGCCCGUGCUGGAGGGAGUGACCCAGCUGGCGCAGGUUCGGCGGGUGAGUGCGGCCGCUGCCGGGCUGCCUGACGGGCGGUCGACGCAGGCAACCAUUCCUACAGCCAUGUUUGGCCUCCCGCUCGAGGCGCAGUUUGAGUGGCGCCCACCGGCGGCGCGGCUCGGGCCCGACGGCGAGCCGCUCUCGCCGGACGACCACACCGAGGUGCCGGCCAUGCCGCGGCUGCUGCUCAAGGUCGCGUCCUACGACUGGUGGGAGCGUAACCGGCUCGAGGGCUACGCACACGUCGACCUCCCUGCGCGGCCGGGACACUACAUGCUCGAGGUUCCGACGUGGAAGCCUGCACUGUCGGUCCGGCAGCAGCUGCAGUCGUACUUUAUCGGCGGCUCGCCCGAGCUCGCCGAGUUUGGCCACGCCGCAGUCCCGUCGAGCCAUGAGGCUGGGACCCCGCUCAACAAGCUCGGAUUCGAGACCGAGUCUUCCGGCUCGCUCAAGAUCCGUCUCAACGUGGUGCGCCGGUCGGCGUCUGUGCCAGGCUACACCGAGUGGGCUGCUCCCAACUACGGCCGCGAGGCCCAGAAGCCCGGCGCCGCCAUCUCGCCGCUUGCCCGCAUCGGGGCCUUCUCCAGCCGGCCUGCCUCAUCGCACUACGCCUCGCUCCUCAACUCCAAGACGUGGAAGGAGAUGAAGCGGGAGCGCGAGGCCGCCAAGAAGAUUCUCUACGCCUACGGUCUCGCCACUCUCCUUCUCCUUCUCCUUGUACUCCUCGCCACUGCCAGCUCUGCCCAGUGGUCGCCCUCGCCCUCGACAAACACACCGCUUGCUCCGUCGUCGGUGGCUCUGGAACAGGUUGGCCCGGUGACUGUCCCGGCGUUAGGGGGUUCGUUCUGGACUACUUUUUUUGAACUCGAUGACGCUCUCGCCCGUUACGUCCUUAGAGUCCAGCGGGUCGACAAGGACGGCAUGCGGAUGAACGGGAAGACGGGAACGCUGCUCGCGGCAGAGGACCAAGGCCCGGCGCUCUGGGGCUACGACACCAAGUCUGAGGCGGGCGGCGCCGUUGUCGUCGCUUUUAACGAUCGUCGCCAUCGCGGUGACCAGGAUGAUGCUGUGCGGCCUAGCAACGGUGUUGAUGAUGCUGGCGAUGACAGCUCGGCUCGUGUUGAGGCGCACAAGUACGAGAACGUGGUGCUGACCCGGCUGGAGGCCAACGGAACGACGCCGUGGGGCCGAUACGGCCUGUUGCUGUCGGACAACGACGACUUUGAGCCGCAGCCGAGGGUGGUGCAGCGGGCUGACGGCGCCGAUGAGUGGAUGGUGGUCUGGCCGCACUUUCAGCGUAACGGGCACGAGCAUACCUGUAUCCGCGCGCAGCGGAUUUCCGCCGGCGGUGCCAUGGGCUGGCCCUUUGGCGGCGUGUGCGUGUACGCCAACUCGCCCGAGGAGCCCGGCAUGCUCUCGGUCGUCGCCGGCAUGGCUAACGACGGGCAGCCGAUGUUUGUGGUGGCGUGGAUGAAGGAUACCCGUCGGCACAAGGACCACUGGCUCCAGAUGGCGGCCUACGACUGGAAGAGCGGCAAGCCGCUCUGGGGCGACGCGCCCAUCACCAUCUACUCGGCGAGUCAAAUGGCGUCAGGCGUGUACCCGCAGCUCCGUAUCGGGCCGGCGUCCGAGGUGGUCCUCGCAUGGUUUGUCACUACUCCGCACAACACCUUUGAGGCGUUCUGGCAGAUGGUCGACGCGUCGGGCAAGGUGCUCUUCACUCCCGGCGGCGUGCCUGUCGCCGACUCUUCGGCGCUGUCGUACUUGGUGCCGAUCCCGGCCUACGAUUCCGAGCGCGGCGUGGUGUACGUGGUGUACAUGGCGGCAACGCAUGCACAGGACGAGCGCGGCAUCUAUGUCUCGGCCUUUAACGUCACGGACGGCGGCAAGCCACUGUCGUCGGGCCCGUGGUCGCCGGCUGGCUGGCCCAUCGUCCCGCUCGCGCCCACCACCCAGGUCAACGCCGACCAGCCGCUGCUGACCACCUAUCCAUCGGGCUCGACGCUCCUCCUCGGAUACUCGACCGGCCACCCGUACAACACGCUCCGCUUGCUGCGGAUCGGCGACGCUCAUAGCGACGCGACCAUCGUGUGGAACGCCACGGUCUCGGACGCUUCCUCGUCAAAGUACGCUGUGACCAUCGCGACGCCACUCGGUGAGAUCGGCGAGGUCCCCAUCGUGAUGACGUGGGACGACAACCGCGGAGCGCAGUGGGAUGUGUUUGGUCAGGGCGUGACCGCAGACGGCCAGCUCGGCCCGCCGCAGUAG